GACUCGCAUAAAGGUGGUGCAGAUCUUCUGGGUGAACCUGAUCAUGGACACCUUGGCCUCGCUGGACUCGCCGCUGAAGGCGGUGCAGAUGCUCUGGGUGAACCUCAUCAUGGACACCUUGGCCUCGCUGGACUCGCCGCUGAAGGCGGUGCAGAUGCUGUGGGUGAACCUGAUCAUGGACACCUUGGCCUCGCUGGACUCGCCGCUGAAGGCGGUGCAGAUGCUCUGGGUGAACCUGAUCAUGGACACCUUGGCCUCGCUGGCGCUGGCCACGGAGCCGCCCACGGAGGCGCUGCUGCUGCGCCGGCCCUACGGCCGCGACCACCCGCUGGUGUCCGGCACCAUGCUGCGCAACAUCCUGGGCCACGCCGCCUACCAGCUGCUGGUCAUCUUCACCCUGCUCUUCGCCGGGGAGGUGCUGUUCGACAUCGACAGCGGCCGCGCGGCCCCGCUGCACGC